AUGGUUAUGGCACCAACUGCUUGUGUUCCUGCUGAAGUAUGCAUGACCAAAUCAUACCAAGACAAACCUAGUCAUCACUUCAACUGUCAUGGAGAGGACGAUCUGUCGCAAUCUCGGUUGGCGGCCAAGGACCUGGUCCUGAAUGUUCUCAAGAGACGUGCCCGCGAAGUCAACACGGACCUCUGUGGCCCGGGAGAGGAAGAUGCCUUCUAUGUGGCAGACAUGGGUGAGGUUUACCGUCAACACCUCCGAUGGAAGAUGAACCUCAGUCGAGUCCGACCUUUCUACGCGGUCAAGUGUAACCCCGACCCGGAAGUCCUUCGCCUCAUGGCUAAGCUUGGAAACAGCUUCGACUGCGCCUCUAAAGCCGAAAUUGAUCUGGCUCUCGAGACUGGUGUUGACCCCAGCCGCAUCAUCUACGCCCAGCCCUGCAAGACCAAAUCGUACCUGCGCCAUGCUGCCCAGGUUGGCGUCAAGCAGAUGACCUUUGACAACGCGGACGAGCUGUACAAGAUCAAGGCCUGCUUUCCAGAUGCCGAGCUCUACCUCCGCAUCCUGACCGAUGACUCGACGAGCUUGUGUCGCCUGAGCAUGAAGUUUGGUGCUUCUCUGGAUGUGGCCCAGCAGCUUCUUGAGCUCGCCCGUCAGCUGGAGCUUCAGGUAGUGGGUGUCAGCUUUCACGUCGGCUCCGGGGCAGAAGACCCUAAGGCGUUCCUGAAGGCGGUGCAGGAUGCACGUCUGGUCUUUGACCAGGCGGCUGAAAUUGGCCAUGAGCUCCACACCCUCGACGUUGGUGGUGGUUUCACCCAGGAGACCUUUGAAAAGUUUGCGGGUGUGCUAAGCGAGGCGCUGGACACUUAUUUCCCGCCCCACAUUCGCAUCAUCGCCGAACCCGGCCGUUACUACGUCUGCAGCGCAUUCUCCUUGGCCGCGAAUAUCAUUGCACGUCGCGAUGUUCGCGAUCCAGAGGACCCUGCCCAUAAUGCUUACAUGCUGUAUCUCAAUGAUGGCGUGUAUGGAAACUUCUCCAACAUCAUCUUUGACCACCAACACCCCGAGGCUCGGAUCCUGACCUGUACUAACGCCACCAACCGGACUGCUGCGACUCCGGAGCACAUUGCCUACUCCAUCUGGGGGCCCACCUGCGACGGUAUCGAUAUUAUCGCCCAACGCAUCAUGCUGCCUGGUCUGUUGGAGGUGGGUGACUGGCUGUAUUUCGAGGACAUGGGCGCCUACACCAAGUGCAGCGCUACCCGUUUCAAUGGAUUUUCCGAUAACCACGAGGUAAUCUACAUUUCCAGCGAAGCGGGCGCCUCUGCGCUCCUCGAGUACUAG